CUUGCGACUUUGGUUAGUAAGCGUUACGCCUUUACCCCACCAUAGAAUUGGAAAGAGUGCGAGAGGUGAGAGAAUCUGCUGUUGCUCUUCGAUUCAUCCCAAUUCUGCACACUUUUAGAACCGAAGAACCCUAAUUUUCACAACUUACAUCCCGACGAUUCGCUCUCUCGUCUAUUCUUACACCAGGAGUUUCUUGGCUGCCUCUGUGUGGGGCUACUUGCGUAAUGGCUUCUGUGUCGAGUCAGCCACAGUUCCGUUACACCCAACCUCCAUCGAAGGUGCUUCAUUUGAGAAACUUGCCAUGGGAAUGCACUGAGGAGGAGCUGAUUGAAUUGGGGAAGCCUUUUGGUAAGGUUGUCAAUACAAAGUGCAAUGUUGGGGCCAACAAAAAUCAAGCAUUCAUCGAAUUUGCGGAUCUAAAUCAAGCCAUUGCCAUGAUAUCCUACUAUGCUUCGUCAUCAGAACCUGCUCAAAUACGGGGGAAAACUGUGUACUUGCAGUAUUCCAACAGACAAGAAAUUGUGAACAAUAAGACUACUGCUGACACUGCAGGAAAUGUGUUGUUAGUUACUAUUGAGGGAGACGAAGCUCGCCAAGUCAGCAUUGAAGUAUUACACUUGGUAUUUUCGGCAUUUGGAUUUGUGCAUAAGAUUACAACUUUUGAAAAGACUGCUGGAUUUCAGGCGUUGAUUCAGUUCUCUGACACAGAAACUGCAUCUUCUGCAAAGAAUGCUCUUGAUUCAAGAAGUAUCCCGAGGUACCUACUUCCCGAGCAUGUGGGCCCCUGUUCUCUCAGGAUAACUUAUUCCGCACAUACUGAUUUGAGCGUCAAAUUCCAGUCUCACCGCAGCAGGGACUACACUAAUCAAUACCUUCCGGUUGCCCCGUCUGCUAUAGAUGCAACUGGUCAGCUAAGUGUGGGUGUGGAUGGGAAAAAAAUGGAACCAGAGAGUAAUGUGCUACUGGCAUCAAUUGAAAAUAUGCAGUAUGCUGUCACAUUAGAUGUCCUAAACACGGUCUUUUCUGCCUUUGGACCUGUGCAAAAGAUUGCUAUGUUUGACAAAAAUGGAGGGUUGCAGGCGUUGAUUCAGUACCCAGAUGUUCAGACCGCUGUUGUUGCAAAAGAAGCACUUGAAGGACAUUGCAUAUACGAUGGAGGUUUUUGCAAACUCCACCUAUCAUAUUCACGCCACGUUGAUCUAAGCAUCAAGGUAAACAACGACAGAAGCAGAGACUACACAGUUCCUAUACACGGGGGAAUGAUCCAGUCCUCAAUUCUCGGACAACAGCCACCAGGAGGAGGCCCUAUGCAGGGAGGUAAUGCUCCCCCUCCCUAUAACGGCGGACAAUACCCCGGACCGCCUCCUCCAUCAGGAGGCUGGGCCCCACCCCAACAUAUGCACAUGCAGAUGCCAAUGCAAAAUUACCAAUACAACAUGCAACCUGGACACGGUGCUACACCUCCCGGGCCUCCGGGUACCAUGCCACCAGGCCCGAUGCAUAUGCAGAACCCACCUGGUAUGCCUCCAUACAGCCAAUGACAUGAUGACGUGGCUCCAAGACUGACCUGAUUCUACUGAGGUUUUUGGGUUUGGGAAUAUGACAAAGAAAAAUUCCGACCUGCCAGUCUCAAUUCUUGAUUUUUCGGAGGGUUUUCUCUAUAAUGUCGUUUAGAAUCUGAAUCGUUUAUAAUUUUUAAUGUCUAAGCUAUUGUCUAAAUACUUAAUUAUUAAGUUUCUUUAGUUACAAAAAUCCUAAAACAUUUACUGUCAAGGAAAAGCUAUACUCCUUAUUAAUGUAUAGUUUAGACCUGAUCAUGUGUAGCCCGGUCCACUGGAUUGGCCUGAUUUGAAAAAUGUUGGAUUUAGGGCAGAACUUUGGGCCUGUUUUUGGCUUGACUGGCCCGAUUUUAAAAAAAAGUUGGACGGUUGGA